UCGGAGGGGAAGGUUCGUCUCGUCUCUAUCUCAUCAUCUGAUCUCACCUCAUUCUCAACCGGUCCUGACUGUUGAGCAAUAAAGUUCAAAUAAAAGGAAAAAAGAAAAAACAUAUAAGGAAAUAAGGCAUCAAAUAUUUUUUGACGCGUGUACUAAUAAGUGGUAGGGUGCCUUAUCCAAUUGAACUGCGAUUUUCUUUCCAAAAUCAAACUCUAUUUGAAAAUUUCUGCAAAUUAAUUUUAUAAAAAAAAUAUGUCUAAAAUACAGUGUGGACCUGUUGUUGAUAUUCUUGGAGAUGAGAUGACCAGGAUUAUAUGGGAUCUAAUCAAAGAGAAACUUAUUUUUCCAUUUUUGGAUGUAGAGCUCCAUACUUAUGAUUUGGGAAUUGAAAAUCGAGAUGCUACAAAUGAUCAAGUGACUAUUGAUUGUGCAAAUGCUAUUAAGAAAUACAAUGUUGGGAUAAAAUGUGCUACUAUUACUCCAGAUGAAAACAGAGUAGUUGAAUUCAAUUUAAAACAAAUGUGGAAAUCUCCCAAUGGAACUAUUCGAAACAUAUUAGGUGGAACUGUUUUUAGAGAAGCUAUUAUAUGUAAAAAUAUUCCUCGACUUGUACCUGGUUGGAUUAAACCUAUCAUAAUUGGUCGUCAUGCACAUGGGGACCAAUACCGAGCUACUGACUUUGUGGUUCCAGGACCUGGAAAAGUAGAAAUCACUUAUACCCCUGCUGAUGGAACUACUCCAAUUUCAUAUACUGUGUUUGAUUUCAAAAAUGAUGGUGGUGUUGCUCUUGCUAUGUACAACACAGACAAGUCAAUUACCGACUUUGCGCACAGCUCAUUUCAGUAUGCACUGAAAGUUAACUAUCCCUUGUAUUUGAGCACUAAGAAUACAAUUCUGAAAAAAUAUGAUGGGCGAUUUAAGGAUAUAUUUCAAGAGAUCUAUGAUAGGGAAUACAAGGGCAAGUUUGAAGCUAAAGGAAUAUGGUAUGAACAUAGACUCAUUGAUGAUAUGGUUGCACAGGCUAUGAAGUCUGAAGGAGGAUUUGUUUGGGCUUGCAAGAAUUAUGAUGGUGAUGUGCAGUCUGAUUCCGUUGCCCAAGGAUAUGGAUCAUUGGGUUUAAUGACUAGUGUUUUAAUUUGUCCUGAUGGAAAAACUGUUGAGGCUGAAGCAGCUCAUGGUACUGUUACUAGACAUUACAGAAUGCACCAAAAAGGACAAGAAACAUCUACAAACCCAAUAGCUUCCAUAUUUGCAUGGACUAGAGGUCUGGAACAUCGUGCAAAGUUAGACAACAAUGAAAAGUUGGCAGAAUUUGCUAAAAAUCUGGAAGAAGUUUGCAUUGAAACAAUAGAAUCUGGAUUUAUGACUAAAGAUCUUGCAAUAUGUAUUAAAGGAUUGAAAAAUGUCGCAAAAUCCGACUAUUUGAAUACUUUUGAAUUUAUGGAUAAGUUGGCUGAAAAUCUGAAGAACAAACUGCAAAAGUGACUAUACAACAAAUUAUAAUUAUAUGUGCACUUGAUAAAUAUACAAAUACACCAUUUUAUUAAAUGAGAAUUACAAAUGUUUGCAUAUUAUAUGUUAGUCUAUUAAUCACACUAUUUUAUAAAGGUUUCUUUUCUAUUUGAAUUAUUUUUAUUAAAAAUGUUUUUUUUUCCA